UGACCCAGAAAACAAACUCCUCUGACUACCGAGACGCUGCACAGUUUGAAUCCGCUGCAGGGCUGCAUGUAGCCGGAGCAUCAGCUGGAGAAUAAACCCACCCGGCGCCGAUCUAACUUAACUCUGUUACGGAUUCCACAUUAUUACAUCGGAGUAACAAGAGCAGCCAUGGCUGAACACAUGAUGAUGCCCAUGACCCACAGCUUCAGGAUGGGCAUGAACGGACCACCGCAGCACAACGGCCAGCCAGGCAUGCGCAGCCUGCCCAACGGCCAGGUGAUGCACUACGGCAGGAAUCCUCAGAGCAACAUGGAAGCGGCCAUGAGACAAAGGCAAGGUAUGGUGGGACCCGGAGGGAUGGCCGGCCCCGUCAACGGAGCUCAGAUGGCCAACCACCACCACCAGAUGAUGUCUGGGAACAUGAUGUACAGCAACCAGGGCCCGCAGCAGCAGCAGCACCACCAUAUGCACCCCCAGCAACAGCAACAGCAACAGCAGCAGCAGCAGCAGCAGCAGCAGCAGCAACAGCAGCAGCAGCAGCAGCAGCAGGGUGGACACCCCCAGCAGUACCUCACCUCUCAGCAGCUCAUGGCCAGCAUGCACCUGCAGAAACUCAACACUCAGUACCACGGACACCCGCUCAGCUCGGCCAACGGUCACCACAUGCCCAACGGUGCUCAGUACCGGAUGAAUCCAGCCCAGCUUUCAAGCAUGCAGCACAUAGGCGCCCCUCUGGGUCAAAACAGCAUGGACAUGGAUCUGAUUGACGAGGAAGUUCUGACUUCACUGGUGCUAGAGUUUGGGUUGGACCGCGUUCAGGAGCUGCCGGAGCUUUUCCUCGGACAGAACGAAUUUGACUUCAUAUCAGACUUUGUGUGCAAACAGCAGCCGAGCACGGUGAGCUGUUGAAGCAAAGCAGAUGGAUAGAUGCUGGUUGGUCUGUUUGGACUGGACGCCCCAAAGAAUGACUGAGUGGCCACAGUAGCACAGCAAGAGGAGACAAUCUCUCUGUUCUGUUUGGGUGUUUCUGUGUCUGUGUUUUUGACAGUGUCUAGUACGACUUCACACUGACCCUGCCUGCCAGUUGAAAUGUAACGCGACUAAGUUGCACCGAAAGCACCGAGCAUCUCCACUUUGAGCCGGUGCCAGUAAGAUCUGUCGUCUUUGGCCAGAUUGAGGCAUCCCGAUGCAGCCGACUCUGUCUGUACCCAUCUGGCCCUCAGCACAUGUGCCUGCGGUGCCGAGGCUUCGGGAAAAUCGUAAACUAAACACACACGACAGGGGGAAGGCGACCUUAAAAGACUGUCCAUCUGGGUCUGCUAGAUUCUGUGGCAUCUCUAAAUGUAUUUUAUCUCUUGAUGACACCUUCAACUAGACUAGUAGCAGAUGUUUUACAAAUUUAUAAAUGGCUGUCCUCUGAAUUAGUUUAUACAAGGAUGAAGGGAUUAAGAGGAGUUUUUUUUUUUUCUUUUUCUGGAAAUUUAUGUGCAUAUUGAAGGCUGGCUCUUCAAAAAAACUGAGAAGGUUCCUACAAGUAAUUCACACAUUUCCUACGAGAGCGAGAGAUUGAGGUUGCACUGCAUUCCUGACUGACGGGGGGUGGGGGGGGGGUUAUCUGGGGAUUGUCCGGGUGAAAUGUGCUACAUUGAUUGUUUAGCUUUCAGUGUCAUUUACCUUGACUCUGAUAACAUCGGCUAUCAUUAAAUGUAUCGCAUCUGUUCCCUGCUAAUUAACUGUGGCUGAUUCACUGGCAAAGCGGCACAUUGCUUAGAGAGCGUCGGCUUAAAAUAAGCAUUCAUCUGUAGAAAAAAUGGCUCGGCGGCCCCCUCGCUACUCCCGAGUCACACGUUUAGGUUCUCAUUGCGAGCCAAUCCCGGGUUACUGCUUAAUAGAAUAGCGAGGGGAGUUAAGGAGGGAAGAAGCUAAUUAGUAUGAGAAACUGUGGCCUCUUGGAAAAGACUCACGAGAAGCCAUAUGAGAAAAAAAAAAAAAAAACAGCCAGGCAGUGCUAUCAAGAGCUGUUUGGCUUCACAUCUGAGUUUUUUUCCCUUUCUAAAAGCAGGAUUGUUUUUUUUUUUUUAAAGAAGAAGGAAAAAAAAUACAAAUGCGUGAUUGCGGAGUUUGCAUCUGUGUGUUAUUUGUGCGCAUCUGUGUGUGUGUGGUCAGCGCAGUGAGGCAUUUAAAACCCAUCAAAUGGCGGUGUGUGUCCUCCCUAAACCACGGACGGCUGUGCUGGAGCUGAUUGGAGGCUGCGCGGAGAGAGAGAGAGGGAGAGAGAGAGAGAGAAAGAGGAGAGAGAGAGAGAGGGAGAGAAUUUGGCGAGUCCCACAAUGUGUGGACACAGCACUCCCCGGCAGCACUUAGUUUAAUCAUUAUUUAAAGCCGCCGCUACCUGUGGCAUUGAUUUCAUUAAGCGGGGGGGAAGAGCGAGCGAAGACCACAAAGCGUGCAAGGUUGUUGUGUUUAGGUUUUUUUUUUUUCCACCGUAGAUUAGCUUACUCUGCUGCUUUUCUACUGAUUAGAUUUAAAUUACAUGUUCUCACACGCUUGUCUUAAUUGAGGUCGGCUUGCACAUUCUCCAAUGACUCAAUAAUUAUAAAACGGACAUGUUCUGUGGCGCUUUUUCCUUCUUUCUUUUUUUUUCUCUUCAGCACAGUAAAGUAAUUAGGUUUUUUUGUCAAGGUUGCUGCUUUUGCCGGUUCGAGGGGAGAACUUCCUGCGCUCUCGUAAUGCUAUUUGUGGAGCUGUCGGAGAGGUCAGGGCCGCGCUGGUGCACUGUGUUAAUCUGUUCCGAUACAACUGCGCCGUCCCUGCCUCUCUCUCUCUCUCUCUCUGUCUCUCUCUCUCUCUCUCUCUCUCUCCCUCUCUUUCUCUGGAGAUCUGCCAUCUCGAAGCUCUCGAGAGGAAAAACAGUGGGCAUUGAAAAAGAGCGCUGUUGAAGUGGCACUUUCUGCCUGGCAAACUGCAGUCGAGACCUCACACGAUAAAGAUGGGAAAUACUUCCGGCCUUAGCGAGACAGUGGCCUGCGAUCACCGCUAUAUCAAUAAGCGCCGCCUUCACGUGUAUCGUAUCUUUGUACUGUAGACUAGAGGUGAAGUUGAUCUAGACACAUUUGAAAAGGUACUUUGGAGAAAACAAACAAAAAAAAAACACAACGUCAGAUGUAAAUGUUUAAAAAAAAUCAGUGGCUGAUUUUCGAUGUGCUAGAGAUUAUAUCCUAACAUUUUUUUACGAAACGAGUGUGUAGAUACAGUCUGAGUGUACCGGUCGGUUCGGGUGCGUGGCCUUCGAGAAGCUUAAAGACAGAGUGGACUGCAUGUUCAAAGCAAACGUGAGGUGAUGUCACCACUUUUAUCCCCACAAAGCAGCUGAGAAUGUACAGUACUAAAAAAAACGUUGUGGGAACUCGUCUUAAAGAUGGUAGAUAAAAACGUGUGAGAUUGUACUCCUUGUUCCAAAAUUACACAUGAUUCGUUUUUGGGUAAACCCUCCUCCUCCACCCCCACCUCUUCCUCCUCCUCCUUUUUUUCCCGCUUCCUCAAAGCUUUUGUAAUGUUAUUGAUUCUAUUUUAAGAAAAUGUAUUUAUUUUCAAAUAAAAUAUUUAUUUAA